AUGGUCGACCGAAUCCAUGCAGAUGAGGGCAGUGCAGCCAACAUCCUACAAUUGGCAGUCAUCCAACAGAUGGGCUUAGAGGCAAAGAUCAAUAAAUCAGCCAAGUCGCUGACUGGUUUCAAUGGCGCAACGACAGUUACCGUGGGCACGAUAGAUCUCGACGUCUACUCUCCACCUGUAAUCAGCUCGCAAACGUUCAUGGUCAUUGAUGAAGUAUCACCCUACAAUGGCAUUCUAGGCCGACCAUGGAUCGGCAAGAUCAAUGCCAUCACCUCCGCCACACAUCAGAAGAUUCGUUACCCAGUUCCUGGGGGCGGUAUCAGCCAGAUCAACAGCGAUCAGACAAUGGCGAGGAAAUGCUCACCUCAAGGGCUGAAGAAAGGCAAGCAAACACAGUUCCUCCCUGUGAAUCAGGCAGAUCUAAAGGGAGUAGAACAAGCAGAGGAGAAAGCAGAUCCCAACAUUGUUCUAGUGGCAAAGAAAGAUAAAGGUCUGUGGAGAGUGUGCGUCGACUACACCGACCUCAACAAGGCAUGCCCUAAAGAUAACUUUCCACUGCCUAGAAUUGAUCAGCUCGUCGAUUCAACUUCCGGCAACCAACUGCUAAGCUUCAUGGACGCCUACUCCGGCUACAACCAAAUCAUGAUGCAUGAAGAUGACAAGGCUAAAACCUCUUUCAUCAUCGAAAGAGGUACAUACUGCUACAAAGUCAUGCCCUUUGGGCUAAAGAACGCCGGAGCAACCUACCAAAGGCUGGUGAACAAAAUUUUCAAGGAGCAAAUCGGCAAGACUAUGGAGGUCUACGUAGACAAGAUGCUAGUCAAAGCUCUCGAGCAAGCAGACCACAUUAAGAACCUUGUCGAGGCAUUCAGCCUACUCCGAAAAUACAACAUGAAGUUGAACCCCAGCAAAUGCACGUCAUUUUUCAAAGCCUUGAAGAAGGGACACAGGGACAAGUGGGAUGACUCGUGCGAAGUAGCUUUUCAAAACUUGAAAACCUACCUCACUUCACCUCCCUUACUCUCAAAACCGAUACCAGGCGAAGACUUGUACAUCUACCUGGAGGUGUCCGACUCAGCUGUCAGCUCAACUCUCAUCCGAGAAGAGCUGGGGGCACAACAUCCGGUAUUCUACACUUCAAAAGCUCUCCUCGAUGCAGAGACUCGCUAUCCGAAAAUGGAGAAGCUCAUUUUUUCGCUUGUAGUUUCCGCGAGAAAACUAAGGCCCUACUACCAAGCACACCGGAUAAUUGUCAUGACAGAAUUUCCUUUGAGAUCGAUCCUCCACAGCCCCGACGCUUCUCAGCGACUCAUGAAAUGGGCUAUCGAACUCAGUCAAUACGACCUCCUCUACCGGCCGAAGACUGCUAUAAAAGCCCAAGCUUUAGCAGAUUUUGUUGUAGAGUUUACUCCGACAGCCGAAGAAGAGAAGAUGGUCACGAAAAGCAAGGAAAAAGCAGACGACCCUUCCCCCACCGAUUCAAACCUACCUAACGACAUGUGGCAAUUGCAUGUAGACGGAGCAUCAAAUCACAAAGGAGCAGGGGCAGGCGUCGUCAUAAUCACCCCAGACGGAACCUUGUUGGAACAAGCCAUCACACUAGGCUUUUCUGCUUCAAACAACGAGGCAGAAUAUGAGGCAUUGCUCGCAGGACUGCGCCUAGCAAAAGAACUGACGAUCAAGAGAUUAGCCAUCUACUCAGACUCCCAGCUGAUCACGAAUCAAGCCUCAGGCGAGUACAUGGCAAAGCAUCCAAGAAUGAUCCAGUACCUCGACAAAGUCCAAGGACUUUUGAAAGAAUUUCCUACUUUCACCAUCCAACAAGUUCCACGGGCAGAGAACACUCAUGCAGAUGCGUUGGCAAGCCUAGGAUCAGCGCUGGACACCCAGUUCAGACGCUCCAUCCCAGUCGAACACCUUGAUCGACCAAGCAUCGAAGAAAUAGAGCCAAUCGACUCAAUGCAGAUCGAUGAAGACCCCAGCUGGCAAGACCCCAUCAUCGACUACUUAGUGAAUGGAAAUCUGCCAAUGGAUAAGUCCGAAGCUAGGAAGGUCCAACAGAAAGCUCGAGAUAUUACAUGCAAGGCGACAAGCUCAUUCGCAGAUCAUACUCCGGCCCUCAUCUCACUUGCAUAA